AUGCUCGCUCUGAAAUUUUUUUUGCUUCUUUCGUGUUAAUGAAUAAAAUUUUGUUUUUUCUAAAUCAUUCAGAAUUUUGAAAAAUGGAUUCCGAUAAUAAUUUGAUUAUACCGGAAAAUAUUCUACCAUCAACAGCUACAGAUAAUAAUGUAGCUUCAUCGAAUGUAAUCAUGACUGAUACUAAUUUAACAUCAUUAACAAUACCAACAACAACUUUGCCAUCAAUAUCGAAUAUUCCAACAAGUUCUGUUACUUCAGCUUCGGUCGAUGUUCCAACAUUAUCAACAAUAACCGGUAUUGAAGAAAGUGGUUCACAAAAUAUCAUCCCGAUGAUGCCAGAAUUAACAGAAAAAUCAUCUUCUACAAUUGUGACUGAUGUCAUUGAUAAUCAAUUGCUACAACAACAAUCAACGUCAUCAGCAAUGAUUAACAAUAUUCCACAAACUUCAACCGCUAUAUUUGCUGCUGCUGCAGCAUCUUCAUCAUCAUCGCAAGCAGCAGCAACAGCAACAACAACAGCAGUUCCAGUAUCGAUUAAUGUACCGAUUAAACUAAGCGGAUCAACACAACCGAUUUUUGUUUCAAAUCAAGGUAUUAUUACAACACCUACUGGUCAAUCAAAUGUUCCAACAUUAGCCAAUACAUUUGUUAGUUAUAUUUUGCCUGCACAUCAAAAAUCAUCAUUACCAAAAUCGGGUAAUAAUCAAUCUACGGCAACAUUAGUUACAACACCAAAUAUAUCCGAAACAGCAAUACCGGCUACAGCAUUGAUCAAUACACCUAUUGUUAUUAAUGCAUCAACAUCGGAUACAACAUCAUUACAAUCACAAAAAUUUGCUACCGCAACAACUAAUCCGACAAAUGUUAAAUUAAUUCAAACUUCUAAUCAAAGACAUUUAGUAUUUUCACCAAUCAAACCAACAAAUAUUGGAAAUGUUGGUGGUAAUACUCAAUUGAUGACAAAAUCGAUUGUUGGUACUGCGGCUGCUGUUGCUUCUCCCGUCAAAUCAAUUAAUCCGCAAAUUAUCGAUAAUAAUAAAGGAAAUGAUUCUCAACCACAACAACAAUUUGCAACACCAGCUACAAUAUUAGCUGCUGCUCCAAGUUCUGCUAUUAAUCAAGCUCAACAACAACAACAACAAUUAAUUAUAUUAUCUCCAGUCAAACCGGCCGAAAAUUCUUCGACAAAAUCAGCACAAUUUAUUCCAUCAUUUAAAAUUUUACCACCAUCAUCAUCAACAUUAUCAUCAAAUAUUUCUAAUGUUACAACAAUAUCAGGUGGAAUAACAUCUGUAACAACAUCACAAUCAUUAUCAAAACGAUCAUUAACACCGGCUCCAAUAACAAAAACAAUUGUAUCAACUAUAUCACCGGCUAAUGUUCGUCCAAUUCAAGCAACAACAACAAAUAAAAAUGUUCAAUAUAUUAGCUUUGUACCGAUCAAUUCAACACAACAGAUUCAAACAUCAACAGGAACAAUUGUUGGUACAACAACAACAACUGCUGGACAAAUUGGUACAACAAAAUUUGUACCAAUUAAACAAUCAAAACAAAAAUCAUCAUCAUCAUCAUCAAUCAAAUCGACAAAUCUUGUUCAAGUUGGUCAUGGUCAAAAAGUUUUAGUUAAUCCAAAUACAAUUAAAAUUUCUGGUACGGCUACUACCAUACAGGCAUCAAUUACGAUGCCAUCAUCAACAAUAACAACUACAUCAACAUCGAAUAAUAAUAAAUCAAAAAAUCAUACCACAUCAGUUUGGAUGUUACCGAAACAGAUUAUCAAAAUGAAUGAUAGUCAACAAGAAAUAAUAACAACUACUACAAAAUAUGUUCCAAUUGCACCGAAUCCUAAUCAACCACUUGCGGAUCGUUCAAAAAUAGCUCAAAAUCUUAAGAAUGCACUUGAUGGAUUAGAAGAAUCAAAAAGAAAACCAUGCAAUUGUACACGAUCACAAUGUUUAAAAUUAUAUUGUGAUUGUUUUGCUAAUGGAGAAUUUUGUAAUGGUUGUAAUUGUGUUAGCUGUUAUAAUAAUCUUGAAUAUGAAGAAAUAAGACAAAAAGCAAUACGUUUAUGUUUGGAUCGAAAUCCAAAUGCAUUUCAUCCAAAAAUUGGUCAAAGUAAUCAAGGUGAUAUUGAACGUCGCCAUACAAAAGGAUGUUGUUGUAAAAGAAGUGGUUGUUUAAAAAAUUAUUGUGAAUGUUAUGAAGCUAAAAUUCUUUGUUCAGAUAAAUGUAAAUGUAUUGGUUGUAAAAAUUUUGAAGAAAGUGAUGAACGUAAAACAUUAAUGCAUUUAGCCGAUGUGGCUAUGGUUCGUUUAACAACACAACCACAAACAGUAGCAUCGAAAAUGCAUGUUUGGGGACCGGAAUUUAAAUCCAAACUUCCAGUUAAAGUUAAAAGCGAUUGUCAUCCUUUCAAUGUACUUACGAAUGAUAUUCUCGAAGCUACUGCUAGCUGUUUGUUAGCACAAGCAGAAGAAGGUGAAUUUGAAAAUCUUAAAGAAGAAAAUAUCGAAAGUUUGAUUAUGGAUCAAUUUGGUGAAUGUCUUUCACAAAUAUUGAAUUUAGCAAACAAUGGAAUGGCCGAUGAGAUACAGAAUUCAAUUUCGAAUGGACAACUUGAAAUUGGUAGAGCUAGUUUAUUAGAAUCGAUUCGAGCAGCCGGUGGAAAACCCAAAAAGAAAACUAUUAAAGAACGAAAACAUGAUGAAAAAUUAAAGAAAAAAGAUGCAUUAGAAGAUUCAAUGACUGAAUCACCUAUAAAUAAUCAAACAAAUAAUAAUAAUAAUAAUAAAGGUUUGGAUAUGAUGUCUGAACUUCGAAAACGUCUUGAAUCAAGACGUAGUGGAAUUAGUAGUGAUCAUCAACAAAUAGUAAAUAAAUCAAAUACAGAUCGUACAAUUAAAUCACCAACAUUUGAUGCAAAUUCAGCAAUGUUAAAUAUGUCGGCAUUGAUUCCACCACCACCACCGCCAACAAUAUCAACAUCGAAUCAAACGAAUCAUGAUAGUUCGGAUGAUGAUGAUGAUAAAGAUUUUGAAGAUUGGGAUUGAUUCAUUUUUGUUUCAAAAAUUAAUUAUUUAUUAAUUUGAUUUAUUGUGUUUGUGUAUGUUU